AAUUAAUGUGUCAUAAGUUCUGUCAGUUUAAUUGAUUGUAUGGGAUAUGUACGUUCUACAUAAUAUUACGUGAUAUAAUUGAUAUAAAAGUAUUCAUUUAAUUUAGUAUUGUAGAUUUGGAUUUGUAUCGCUAGGAUUAAUGCUUAUUAUGUGAAUAUUAAGGUCUAUAAGAUUUGACUUGACUUAAGUUCCCCUGUUAUGGAGCCGGAAGAAUUCGAAUGUUUCAGGGCCUUAAAAAAGGAUGAAAAAAAAAGUAUUGUGCCGAGUUUACUGAAAAAUUUAGAAGAAAGAAGUCUGGGAUGUAUAAAAAAGAAUGUUUCAUCUAAAGAAUAUCGUGAACUCAUAGCAGAAGAAUUGCUUGUAGCAAAAACAGAAUAUGAUGAGCUACGUUGUGAAAUGCCUGGCAUGCCAAGGUCUACUUUUCUUAUGGUUUUUAGUCCAGAUGGUACAAAAGUAGCCUCUACUCAUGGGAAUCACAAUAUUCAUAUCACUGAUAUUCGGAGUGGAAAGAAUUUAAAAACACUUGUGGGACACCCACGUACUCCUUGGUGUAUAGCUUUCCACCCUACUUCAAAUCAAAUUGUAGCUUCAGGUUGUUUAGGAGGCCAAGUUAGAAUAUGGGACCUAAGUGGUGGAAGUGAGGUGUGGACAGCUAAAAAUCAAACUGUUAUUGCCUCAAUAGCAUUUCAUCCACUUGAGAGAAUGCUUGUUAUUGCAACAUCUAAUGAAGUGUACUUUUGGGACUGGAGCAAGCCAGAACCUUUUUUGCACGCCUCUACAGGAAGCCAAAAAGAAAAAGUUCGUUAUGUGGCUUUUGACAAAUUGGGACACAGGCUUAUCACUGGUAUUUCCAACAGCCACAGUAGAUGGGAAUAUGUAAGAUCUUCAGAGCGUGCUUCUGAACAUCCAGUGAGACACUUCAAUAUCGCUUCUAGAAGGCCUGUUUUUCGAAGGGGACUGUUUCCUGUUAGGCAAAAUGUUUCAUUACCUACAUCAAAUAAUGAACCUCGAGAAACUCGGUCCAGAGUUCCAGAGAGGGAAAGAAAUAUUACAAUGUCAUAUAGGAACCUUGUGAGACAGUAUGGACGAUUAGUUCAAAGAUAUCUUCAGCUUUAUAGACCCCCUGCUAUGAUUGAUAGAGGAACUGAUCCAAUGGAAAAUACGGGUAAUAUAGGUUCUGAUAGCACAGCUGAAACACAAGAUACUAGCAAUUUAGUUGCGUCCAAUCCUACAAAUGCUUUGCCUCAAGACCAGCCUUCGACUUCAGAUCAGAGUAAUCCGCAAAAUGAAGAUAACUCAGGCAAUCCAGCUCCCUGUGAAACACAGUCCAAUGUUGUACAACAAUCUAGAAAACACAAAAGUGACUCAUCUCCUGAAAAUCAGAUACCUCAAAAAAAAUUGAAGACGAAAAAAGAUGAUAAUGGCGAUCAACCAACAACAAGAAGUGAGUCACCCCAGCCGGGUACUUCAGGUCUAUCGAACCCAAAGAAACAAUCAUCUAUAGUAGCAGAACUUUCAAGAGCUAUACUUGAAAAGAUAGCUAAUAUAGGAAGUAAUAAAAAAACAGGUGUCUCUAGUCAAGCUGUGAAAACUGCUAAUAAUGGUACAAAAAAUAAUCAGAGCUCCAGUGCCCAAACUGAGGAAGUAACAGUGAAUGAAGGUGAAAACCAGCAAUCCUUAACAUACACUGGAGAGCUCAUAGCUAAUAUAAUAAGAGAUUCUAUUUCUCAAGAGGUGGAAACCAGCAGAACUGAUAAUGAUGGUUUAGGUAAUCAGGAAGGACAAACUGAAAACCAACAAACAAAUUUACAAACUGUACAACCUCUAGGAAAUUCAAAUCAAAAUUGUGAAUCCAAUAGUCAAGACUGCAAUGUGGAUAAUGAAGAACUGAUAGAAAAUACAUCUGAGAAUAACCAAGGACCUGAUGUUCAAACUGAAAACAUAGUUGAAAAUUGCCCUGUCAGUUCAUCUUCCAAUGAACACUCGCUGCCUGAAACUUCAAGGGAUGAGCCAUUUUUUGGCGAUGAUGUGGUGGCCUGGAUCAGAAGCUUGAAUUCUCCCUCUCAAGAGUUGCCGAGCGCCACCCUGAACCCCGGUGCUGAAACAAGUGAACCGCAAGAAGCAGAUGAAAGUUUGGGCGUCACUUUGGAUGAUACACCUAAUGCUAAUGACCCAGUUCCUGUACCUUCAGGUGGUUCUGAUGAACUUGUUCAACAUGGAGAAGAUCCUACACUUGAGAAUAUGAUGAUGAACAUGAGAAGAAAUGCAGAGGAUAACUUGAGGGCUAGAUUGAUGCCUUUCAUUCGUAAUAGAGUUCCUGAAAGUGAAAGAGAAGAUAUAUUGAGAUUAUUUGAGCAGAGCGUUAGAGAGAGUAGGGAGCAAGCUAGGCUCAGAUAUAGAAAUAUGGGUAAUAUGUACAAUAGACAACCCAGUCGUGGACAUGUAUUCACAUCAUCAGAUUCCUCCAGUUCGGAAGAGGAGAGGGAUCCUUUACAUAUGAAUUUCUAUAUCCGAUCCCGAACUGAUAAUAAUGCCGGAGCAGCAGCAGAGAAUGACUCUGGGGCUGGUCCUAGCACCCAAAGAUCGCGAGGAAUUGGAUUUUCUAGUGGCAACAAUAGCUACCACAAUAUUAAUAAUUUGGAGAGUUGGGUGACUAGUCUCUUUAAUGAUGUUGAUUCUUCAAGUGCCAAUAAUUAUGAAAUGAACACAGAUUCAAUGCAACCGUCUAAUUCUAGAUCAGCGAAUACCAGUUUGUUAGACUUAAUCCCAAGGAUAAACUCUGAAACUGCUGCAAGGAAUAGAGAUAAUCUCAAUGUUUCCAUAAGCACCACUACUUCAAGUUCUCCAGAUUCUGCUCAAAAUUCUCCUCCGAACCCUGCUGGUAACACCUGCACUGGAACCACAAACUCGACUAUUUAUUCACAGGCUAGGAGGAGAUUAACUAAUCUCAGAUCUGCUUUUUUACCUACAAGAACAGUUCCAGAAUUCAGAAGAGUCAGGAUAAGUCCUGGAUAUCGUAGACGCGUUGAAGGUAUUGAGGUUCGCCCUCUUUCAAAUCCUGCGGCAGAUGCUAAUUUUGGCAGAGACGAGGUCAUAAAUUUCUCCGAACUACCAAAUUCGGAAAAUCCCACACCGGAAAGAUCUGAAUCCUUGCCCUCUGCCCUUCAAGACAAUUUCCAUCCUUUCAAUCCUCCUCCUAACCUUCCAGCUAUAAAUCCAGAGAAUAUAGGAAUCGGCAAUAUGUACAGUAAUAUCAUUCAUGAUUUGGAAACAAGUCUGAGUAAUGCCAGAGAUAUUAGAACAGUUGAUCGACCAGGUGAAAUGUCAAAUAUGUUGAGUAGCUUCUCUAAUAGAUUGGAGACGUUAAUGAAUCAGUCAGAAGAUAUUCUGAGGAAUUUGAGAACGUCUGUUGAAGUUCUUCCUGAUAAUGAUGCCAUGGAAUAUGGAGAAGAGGCCACAGUUCCUACAGCUAGUUUUAAUGAUUCGUCUUUCUUCGUUAGGGAUCAGAGGGUUGAAGGAUCUGGUUUGGGAAGAAAUUUGAACAGCUCUUUAGGGUAUGAUAUACGUCAAAAUAACGCAACAUCAGAUCACACGUAUCCAAGAAACUCUGAGUCGCCGAGUUCUUCUUCUAAUUUGAAUGAUAGCAUGUCUCCCCUUAUGAACUCCCUUCAUAUGACUCUUUCUCAUAUCCAAAGUCAAUCGAGACUUCUCCAUAGACAAGUGGAAAGUAUUGAGAGAAUUGAUCGAGCGAUGGUAGAAGUUUCCCAAUUGCAGCUCAUGAGAUUAUUACUGGUUGAACUGUCUACAUAUGUACGUAGUAGAUCGGGAGAGAGCAGAAGCACCAGUAUGUCAAGUGUUCGUCAGAUGAUGGCCGGUACUAGAAUUAGUGAUUCGAGUCCUGGCAAUACUCAAAGUAACAGAGAUCCAGUAGUCAAUACGCCGACAAAUGAACCAGGCCCAAGUACCUCAACAGGUUCUAGAAACACGAGUCAAAAUUCUUCAGCCAGAAGCCGGGGGUUGACCCGCAAGACCUAUCCACCUUCUAGGUUGAAUCGUCCAAGGGAACUUGGAUUUUCACGAUCUGGGCGACAUUCUAGAGAUGCAGCUUCUACAACUCCCUCAACACUUCCCACCGUCGCCCCUCCCCAUACGUUUUCAGUUAUAAAUGUUCCCACUCUGGUGCGGAUAGACAGACGACUUCAGUCAAUCAUUGAUGAUCAUUCAACAAGAUUUUCCUAUCUCAAUGAACUAGUUUAUAGACCUAACAGUCCAAGAAGACUGGUUCACGAAGUAGGGGAACACACCUUAGCCUUAAGAUUGAGGGAAAGCAUUACUCGAACCAAUAGAUUAAUAGGGAAUAUUUUCAAUGCAAAUGUAGUCAGAAAUUAUCGAAUCGAUUCUACGACAUCCCUGAGACAUGGGAUUGAACGGUAUUAUGAGAGAACCCUCCUGAGUCUCAUCAUAGAUGGAAUAAGUGGAUAUUUAGAUCAAAAUGUGGAUCGUCCAAUGCCGACUGAAGUUAGGACACGGAUGCAAAGUGUUCUUCAGCUGGCAAUGGUGUUAUCAGAUUUACUCUUAUUGUAUACGAUCAUCUCGCUAUCGCCAACAACAGAUGUGAAUUUAGAUUCAGAGAGGCGAAUCUUGGCAACAAGAAUUGCCGAAUCAUGCUCCACAAUGAUUCGUUGCAGGCGAAGUUAUUCCAAUGUUUUUUUGCAAAGUUUGAGAAGCUUAAGACUUAUGGUUAGUUGUUACUGUGGAAGUCCUUAUUCCCACUUAUUGACUCCCAGUCGGAGAGGACAUUUCUAUACACCUGAAAGAGCGCGAAACUUACUGAGGACUAUGAGGGCCAGGUAUUCUGCUAAUAAUUUAGUACAUGAUAAUUUAAAUUUAUCCCCAGAUUCAGAAAGGGAACUUUCUGGGGAUAACAAUAGACAAACUGGAAGUAGAGAAUCUAGUUCUAAUUCAAACAGCCCCCUAAUCAAUGCUUGCCUUUAUCUGGCUAGGAGACAGAGAGCCCAACACCAAUCGAACUCCAACACAGUUACGGAAUCAAACUCGCAGCCGAGCAGACAAACAAGAAAUAGUACAUCUGCUGCUAAUAGUGGCAACAGUCCCCUCAUCAACGCCUGCUUGUAUUUAAGCAGGCGACAGAGGACGCAGGAUUCAUCGAACUCAAAUCAAAUUGGUGCUGCUAACACUUCCCAAAUUGAGGACAGUACUACUAGGGCUAGAAGGAGAAACUCUACAGAUCUCUUGAUCAAUGCAUACCUGACAGCCGGAAGGAGCAGAAGUCUGAACCAGUCGAAUCCGAACGUAAUUUCAGGGAACGAUUUUGAGGAUACGGAAGAUAGAAAUACUUCAUCUACCGAAAAUAGGGCAAACCGUACCGGUUUCAAUCCCUAUCGUGAUAUAGCGCUUAUAACAUCGUUGAGCUCGAAUUCACCGUCGAGACCAGGUUCUAGCAGAAGUAACGAUACGAGGAAUAGGAAUUCAGCUCACAGAUCUCGCAUAAGAAUGCAUAUGGCCAAUAAUCCAGUACCAAAUACAUCCAGUCGGUCAGAAAAUCAGAAUCCUGUAGAAGAUGGGAGGCGACUGGAGGAAGAUGACAGUUCUGAAAUCCAGGUAACUCCCGAACUCCAAGCGUGGCUUGAUGGUACUUCAGAGGAUGCUCAGCCAACAGAAGAAAGGAAUUUAUUCGGUUAUGAACCGCAUGUUCCUCCUCCACUUUCACCUAUAGGGUCUCGUCCGUCAACAUCAAACAAUGCAAAUGCUUCUGAGCCCCUAAGAUACUGGAGGGUACCUACGGUACAAGUAAAUGACAUUCCAGUUUCUGAUCUUGCAACUCCUUUAGAAAAUUCUGAAUCAGAUAAUAACUCUUCUUCUAAUCUUGGAGUGAAUAGUAACAACUCCAGCUACCCUAGAGUUAUGGCCAGGUUGGCUGCUAUCCGGUCAGUAUCUGUAUAUAACCCCAUGGGAGUGCUAAGACCAAGACUUCUACAUCCUUUAUACGCUACUCUGAAUCCUUUUGAUGCCGACUUGGAGCAAAGAGAACAUAUUUAUGACAGCGAUGUUAUUUCAACUGUCACUCCAAAUCAUAGGAUUCAAGUAUGGGAUAUUUCUGAUUCAAUUAUACCCAGUAUAAGCGACCCAUUGAAAAACUUGGUUGUACGUGAGUGCAAAAUCCACAAUGAUGCCAGUGUUGAUAUAGCGACCGAUGGGUCCAUUCUUGUUACUCUACUACCAUCUGGUGGAUAUCUCAAUAUAACUAAUAGAUUAGGUGUAUAUAGCUUGAGAUGGGAGACAUUAGGGCAAUGUUUGUACACAACAAGCUUCGUUCACAAUGCAGUCUCUGUUUCAUUGUCUCCAUUAGGUAGACAUCUGGUUGUGGGCUUAGCUUCACGUAGAGUGUCUAUAUUACCUAAUGAUAGAUGGAUGAUGGCAUCCAUCUUCAAAAUUGAGGAGAAAGAUCAACCUGGAGAUCAUUUACCCUUUGUGAGACAGAUUGAUAGGGGCACAGAUGAGCGUGCUACAAGUCAUAAAAGUGUUAAUUGUAUUCGUUGGCUUCCGACUUCAGGACAAGGACUGAUAUAUGCUACAAAUACAGGUCAGCUGAAUAUUUGGACCUAAAAUCCUAAUUGACAGUUUAAGAAGUGCUUCACCAAAAAUGUUGAAAUAAUAUUGUUUUAGGACAAAAAAAGUUACAUAUUCAAUUAUUGUAAGAUUGGAAUUCAAUCAUUAUUGAUUACCGUACUAGGAAUUUUUAGUUUUUUAUGAUUUUUGAUAGUUGUUAAAUUUUUAUUCUGGAUAUGGUGACGCAACAUUUUUUUCAGGACAAUAUUUGUGAAAUUCAAAAUGAAUUUUAUGGUCAAUAACUCUGACUCAAAUUUGAAUUGGUUUUUUAAUUUAUUGUUGAAAAAUUUGAACACAUCAACAACAUUAUAAAAAUGUUACAUGUAGUUAUGUAUAUUUAUAUAUUUAAUUUGCAAUGUCAUGUUUGUGUUUUAAAAGUAAAGAAUUUAUUGAAUUUCCUUCCUUGCACAUCACAUAAGGAACAGAUUUUAGUUAUAUAUUCCCAUUGACAAACAUACGGAUUGUAAAGUUGCCAUUUAAUAAAUGCAUAUAAUGAAA